GUUCAUAUCAAGUCUACUUUGAUUAUAAAACGACUUAGUUUAAUGAACAACGAUAUUCUUUGAUGGAUGAUGUGACAGUCAGAGUCCUCCUACUUGGGGAUGACAAAACGAAUUAGUCGUGGCAGCAGUGGCCUUGAGGGCCAUAAUGAUAUCACACUCUUACGAGACGUAGACCAGCCUUUCAUUUUCGAAAUCCGGAACCGCCGGCGCACGUAUCGUCUUGAAUUCUACGAUACAUCCAGUCCUGAAGAUUGGCGACUGCUCGAGCCAGACUUGAUCUUAAUUUGCUAUGAUAUCAGCCAGAGACUGAGCCUCAUCAACAUGCAAAGAUUUUGGAUCAAGCAAGUCCACAGCAACUUCCAAACAAGUGACAAUCUCCCAAUCAUAGUCGUCGGCCUGAAGAGAGAUCUGAGGUCUGAAACUGAUCCCAACGGUAUUAUAUACCCUCAAGAAGGGUACAAAGUGUCGCAAGAGAUGAGGGUAGAUAAAUACGUCGAGUGUUCGGCCGUCACGGGUGAGCUUCUUAAGCUUGCCUUCGAAGAGAUCUGUAAUACUGCAGCGAAGACAGUGACUGCUGAGGGCGGACAAAGUGAAGGUGGAUGUGUAGUACUGUAAAUAACAGUUCGAAUUAAUGGCAUCCUCCAAUUAUUUUCGGCCUUGAACAAGGAUAAUGAGGACUGCCAUGUCGCAUACGACCGUUUGUGAUACCGUAGACACCUUAGACGAUAUAGGUGGGUUCUCCGGGCCCUUUGACGACCUCUAAAACCCUAACGAAAUGUGUUCCAAGACCAUUUGUCUGCCCGAGAGUGGCACAUCCUGAUCUUAGGAUGCUUGGUAUCUCACAUUGGGUUUGUUGUAUUUUCAUGUUUAUCCCUAUCCAUUAUACCAAAUAAUAACUUAUUCGGUCGUUUCAAAGCAGAAUCCAGCAGAUUCGGUUG